UAACGCGUCCUAAAAGAACGCAGCAGUUCCAGAGACAAUGAGCAAAGGGCUCAAGAAUAUUUUUUGCGAUUAGCUGUCGUUUCGUAAAGCCCACUGAAUGCUUGGUACGUGAGCCCUCUUGCAUUCCGCCGAACGCCGGCGGUCGCAUUCGCCAAAUAGAAUCCAGACCUCGUGUUCAGCAGUGAGAGGGGGAAGAAGAAGACGAAGAACAAGAAGGAGCUUCCAGGCGCCCACGUCGGAUCCCCCAAUGUGUGCCGCACUUCGGGUGCUCGGUGCGGCAGCCAUGGCAGCGAAGCUAGUGCUGUUGGUGCCACUGGCAAUGCCACCCCCGACCACAGCGCAAGGAGCCAUUGGCAUCACGGCGCCGCCUGAAGGCAACGGUGGUGGUGGCGCUGAUGCGGACGAGGACGUGCUCGACGGCGUGGUGGGCUCUCAGAGAGAGCGCGCCAUGUCUGCGCUCGACAAGGCUAAGGCCAUGCGCAUCAUACCGGAUUUGAUGCGCUACCUGCCCAACGAUUCGCUCACUGUUACCUACAUGGGAAAUGUCAAGGUGGACAUGGGCAACGAGCUGGAGCCGACGAGCGUGGCCGAGCCUCCGCAUGUCAUGCUCCGAGGACAAAUCGGCCACUUUUACGCGCUCUGCAUGGUCGACGUGGACGCUCCGUCGGCGUUCAAACCCAAGCACCGCGCCUGGCUGCAUUGGCUCGUCGUCAACAUACCGGCACAGCGGCUGGACGCCGGGAACGUUCUGGCGACGUACAGUCCACCGACGCCGGCGACGAGUACCGGUUCGCAUCGGUUUGUGUUCAUCCAGUUCGAGCAGCCCAAAUACUUCCGGCAGGGAGACUUCAUCUUCAUACCGAUGCGCGCCGCCUUCAACGUGACGGCCUUCAUGGACGACAACAAUAUCCGCCGCAUCAUGGCCUUCAACUUCUUCCGCAUCGAAACUGAGUACAGGAACCUGCUGUGAACCUGCGGUGGUCACAGCAGCCGUCCAGUCGUACUUGCGUCUUAACUUAUAAAUAGUUGCGAUGGAGUAUCGGCCUCGACUACAAAAUAAAGAUAUUGCGUCUUGAUUACGAGGUAAUUAUACACUGCGUGGUACGGCGUUAGUAUCGACGAUCAGCUGUUGCUCAGUCAAAACGGUUAGCGAAAGAAUUCUAUACAUAAUUCCCAUGUUCUAACGGAAAGUAAAACACGAGUUCGCGCAACACAUCGUCAGUGACACCUUGUUGUUAACCGAACCUUUGUAAAGCUAUACGCAGCAGCUCGACUCGCCACGAUAUUUCACCUUCCGUCGCUGCGUUAUUACUAUUAGCGUGUGUUGACUGUGACAACGUGGCCUUGCACGAUGCCAGGAUGCCUCAAGACAGCAGAAAGGCCCUCCGCACA